CGCCUGACAUAACGAGCCAUCAAUUAACAAAAUCUCUUUCACCUGUGCUUCACUCCAAAAAAAGGCCUUUAGCUGGUCUUAAGUGACAAAUCUUCAAAACGGUUUGGCACAUGAAACCCAUAGUCUGUCUUUUCCUGGGUAGCAGCAACUAAGCAACAGCAACGCCUUUCACAACACUGUUUUCAAGUGAACUGCUUUCUAGUGUCAGAACCAUGACUUGCUUGCUAAGAUGGACUGCUUUCCUUUGGACUUUAAAUUCCAUUCCUUGCACGUUUGGAAUGGCAGUGGGUGAACAAACAGAUGGUUCAUGUCCCCUUCUGAAUGUGGAGGAACACAGGUUUUCUGAUAUUUUAGAUCGUCCCCUGGAAAUCACAGGAUUUGAUCUCACAGAAAAGUUUCUCCUCCGAAAGGGAACAAUCACAGAAGACCUGCCAUCAUUUCGUUUGGGAAGCAGUCCACUUAUUAAGCCAACAAAAUUAAUAUUUCCAAAUGGGAUUUCAAGUGAAUACUCCCUUGUCACCAUCUUCCGGGUAAGAAGAACAACAAAAAAAGACCGCUGGUAUCUGUGGCAGAUAUUCGACCAGUCAGGGGGCAGUCAGGUAUCUGUUGUCGUUGAUGGUGGCAAGAGGGUGGUGGAGUUUUCUUCCCAGGGCCUGCUAAAGAACACUCUCCGCUACACAUUCAAGAGCCGUGACCUACAUGCCCUUUUUGAUCGCCAGUGGCACAAGCUGAGCAUUUCUGUACAGAGUAACAUAGUCUCCAUUUACAUGGACUGCAAGCUAAUAGAAAGGAGACUGACUGAUGAGAAGGACAGCUUUGACCCCAGUGGGCGCACUCUCAUCACUACACGAGUGGAAGACGGACGGCCUGUAGAUAUUGAACUGAGACAAAUUCUAAUCUACUGUGACCCUUAUAUGGCUGAGAUGGAAAAUUGCUGUGAGCUACUGGAACCAAAGUGUGAAGCCAAGAAGACAUUUAAUGGGACUUCCCCUCCCCUGGUUACAGAGCAGCUCCCCCAGAUGCUGUCUCAGCCAGUCUCACAGUCAACUGACAGAUGUCACUGUCCAGCUGAAAAGGGAGAUGCUGGUCUUCCAGGGGUAGUUGGACUGCCAGGACAAAAAGGGGAUAAAGGAGACAAGGGGGACAGAGGGGAGGCUGGGCCUUCUGGAAAUCCAGGACAUAAGGGGGAACUUGGAUCAGAAGGGCAAAAGGGAAUCGAUGGGGAGAAGGGUUUGAAAGGUGACCCAGGGCCAGUUGGUCCAGUUGGUCCUAAGGGAAACAAAGGUGAUGUGGGUAAGCCUGGAGCUCCGGGGCUGCCUGCUGACAAUGAAUGUCUCAAAGGAGAUCAGGGCCCUCGAGGUGACAAAGGAGAAAAGGGAUUGCCUGGGGUGCCAGGUCAGCCAGGAGAACCAGGCAAAGAGGGCAAAAGGGGGCGGAGAGGAAAGACUGGGGAGCCUGGACCCAGGGGCCUACCUGGUCCCCCAGGAACUUCUGAAGGAGCAAGUGUCCAGGGGGAGAAGGGCGAGUCUGGAGUCCCAGGAGAAAAAGGAGAGAAAGGAGACCCUGGUCAGCCAGGUGCCGAGGGGGCCAGCGGGAUGAAAGGACAAAAAGGCGAUGUUGGCCCUCCUGGUCCUCCUGGUCCUGUGAUGACAGCUCAUGGAUUAAGACAGCUCUCUGGAACUGAUGAAAUGAAGGAGAGGGCCCUAAAGGGAGAAAAGGGAGAUCAGGGGGAGAAGGGAGCUCAAGGCCCGCAAGGCUUCAAGGGAAACAUAGGACCGCCAGGACUAAAGGGAGAUCAAGGACCAGAGGGGAAACAAGGUCCUCCUGGACCCACUGGACUCCCAGGACUCCCAGGCGAGCCAGGCUCGUCAGGGGAGCCAGGGGUGCCUGGGAGAGAUGGCCUGAAAGGAGAAAAGGGGGAUUCAGGUGGAAUGAUGGGGCCACAGGGACCUCCGGGUCCUAAGGGUGAACCAGGAGAACCAGGAGGUGGAUAUAUGGGCGAUGGGUUGUCUCUAACUAGAGGGUCUCGUGGACCCAAGGGUGAGAGAGGUGUCCCAGGACUGCCAGGAGACCAUGGUGAAAAAGGCGAACCUGGAGAGAGUGUCAUGGGCCCGCCUGGCCCCAUGGGACCCCCAGGAAAGCCGGGAAUUGAGGGCCCUCGCGGACUCCCAGGUUUAUCUGGCCCUCCUGGAGCUCCAGGAAGAGAGGGCUCCCCUGGUAGACCAGGCCCCCCGGGCCCUGCUGGACCCCCAGGUGAACCAACUGCCCUGCCAAUUGUUGGGGACAUGGGUGCUUUACUUAAGAAUGCCUGCAGUUUGUGCCAGACGAGAGUCCCAGGGCUGCCUGGGCAGAAAGGAGAGAAAGGGUCCCCUGGAACGCAAGGAGUAGAAGGCAUGGUGGGAGAAAAGGGAGAUCCAGGUGUUCGAGGUCCAAUGGGUAACCCUGGGAAAGAAGGCCCAAAGGGAGUAAAAGGGGAGAGAGGAUUCCCAGGCCCUACAGGAGAUAAAGGCGAUGAGGGGCCUUCAGGAGCACCGGGACUUCCUGGUGUGACCGGACGUACAGGGGCCCCGGGGCUUAUGGGCAGACCUGGUCCAAUGGGCCAGCCAGGAUCAAAAGGAGAAAAAGGAAAUGAAGGACCCCCGGGCAGACCAGGUCUUCCAGGGCCUCCAGGUGUACCUUAUGUGGAGGGCAAUGGGAUGAGCAGUCUAUACAAGUUGCAGAGUGGUGGAGCUAUUUUAGGACCCCCUGGAGCUCCCGGCGCUCCGGGUCUCAAAGGAGAUGAAGGACCUGCAGGGGAAGCAGGGGCCAUGGGAUUACCUGGGCUGGAAGGCCUACCCGGUGCCAAGGGUGAUAUUGGGUUGCCUGGUCCACCUGGGGCACCAGGUCCUCCAGGGAAGCCCGGCACUCGUGGAGAGCCAGGGAUCCCAGGAGAACCGGGUGAGAGGGGGCCGCUCGGAGAGACAGGAUUCCCAGGGCCCGAGGGACCCCAAGGUGUUCCUGGGAGACCUGGAAAAGAUGGAACUCCUGGAUACAAGGGAGCUACAGGUAGACCAGGGGACAGAGGAUCCAAAGGAGAACGUGGUGAUUCAGGGAUUCCUGGAGAAAGAGGCGUUCAAGGCGAGAGAGGUCGUACAGGAGAUCCUGGAUCAAUUGGACCAAUGGGACCACCAGGCCAAAAAGGUGAUCCUGGCCCCCCAGGACAGUUUGAGAGUGUAAGGCUCCUGGGUGAUCCUGGCUUCAUGGAGGAACUCAAAACGGUUAUCCGAAAUGAAGUACUGAGAGUCUUUGAAGAGAAGUUAUCGAGCUCUGCCAUACUGCAGAAGACACCUGCAGGCAUCCUAGCUUCACAAUUCCAAGGACCUCCAGGACCUCCUGGAAAGGAUGGAUUACCAGGCCCGCCAGGAGAGCCUGGACCUCCCGGUCCUCAAGGAUACAGAGGUCAGAAAGGAGAACGAGGCCAGCUUGGUCUGGGGUUACCAGGAGAUCCAGGACCCAUGGGGCCACCAGGCCCUCCUGGGUUUGCUACUCAGGGCCCUCCUGGCUCUCCAGGGCCCCGUGGACCUCCUGGGACAUGUGACCCCAGUGAUUGUCUCCUUCAGUCCUGAUGAACCCAGCAGAGUGGUCUGGGCCAGUUGGAAGAUGAACGUCCAGCUCUGAGCUCAGUGCAGCCUCACUGUAUCUGACAGCUUCCACAGCUCUGGUUUAUCACAACUCACAACUGACCUCUUUUGUUCACUUUACAAUAACAUUUGGAUGCAGUCUGGGGUUUUGUUUUUCUGGGAUUGCUCUUGGGUUCGUUCUGAAUGCAAUGGAAAACUGUUGAGUUUUUUUUUUUUUCUUCUUUUUUCCAAUGCUGCCCUUUUAAGUUAUUUCUUGUUUUCACAACCCCUACUGUGAUAUAAUGCAUUCCUUGUCAACUCUCAUUAUGUCUUUCAAGACCAUGAAAUGACUUUGUUUUGUCAAGUUCAGUUCUGUCUGAAAACAUGAUCUUAAUUAUUUGUUUGCCUCCUUAAUGGGCAUGCCUAUGCACUCUUCUGUUCUUAUUCAGAUAAGCCAAUGUGCUGGCAGAAGGUACAUCUCCUGUGUAUGUGUGUGCCUGUGCGUGUGUGUGUGUGUGUGUGUGUGUGUCUCUGUGAGAGAGAGGGAGAGAGACAGAGCGAAAAAGAGAUUAACUGAAUGAAUAUACUUGUUUUAUGUGUAGGUGUGAGAAAAUAACAGAUUUUUUAAAACUCCUUAUGCAACCAAAGUGCAGCAGAUGCGUCUAAUAUGGAAUUUAUUUAUUUUCAGUGUGUUUUAAAGAAUGUAUUUAACAGAUGGUAACUAAUAUUUGUAGUAAAUGUAGCAUGGGAUAUCCAGUAAUAUUAUUACCAUUAGGUGGAUUAAUACAUUAAUGAGAUAUAUUGUUUUUAAAAAUGAUCACUCAUGACACAUUUGCAUUUUCAGUGAUAAUCAUUUUUUAGAUUAAUCUGCAGUAUAAUGAUUGAUAAAGAUGUUUUCCCAUUUUCUGUAGGUUAUGUGUCAGCACUGAGCACUCAUCAGCGAGGUUUGAGGUUAUAGUUGUAGCCUAGUUGUAACCUACAACUCUAACCGUUUGUCUGAAACUAUUUAAGGCAUAGUAGAUAUUUCCACAUGCAAAGAAUGUAUUUUUAAAAUUUACGUUUAAAGAGUAUCAUGUGACCUCACAUGCAUUCACCUUUACUGUUGAUUUUCUCUGUAAAUAAGUUGAAUGAGUGGUUGUGUUUUUUUUUCCCUUCUCUUUUUUCCUGUCUAAUGGGGCUUAUGAUGGGACCUGACAGUACAAUUACAGUACAUAAGCAUAAGCUUGUAAUGACACAUUAAGGUUCUCAGUUAUGUUAUCAAUCACACAUCAUUGCAGGUGUUGAUGUCUUCUUGCGUCUAAGAUGAUUAUUAACGUAUAUUGUUUACAUAGUGUUGUGUAUGAUGAUUCCUCUGGUUUAUUUGUAUAUUUUUGAUUUUCAGCCACACAAAAGAAAUCGGACUACUACACUACAACUUCAGACUUCUUAUUUUGGUGAACCACUAUACUCAUAAAUGUACUUGAACUUUUUGUUGUUAGUUUUAACAAUAUCAUAGUCUACAUCCUGGUUUUUCUCUCACUGACCAUCACUGUGUGUCACAAUGUACCGCUGUGUUUUGGGGUGUCUUAAGACUGGAGUUUUGAUUUAUUUAUUUGCUGUAACAGGUUUCAGGUUCUCAACUAUCAACUUUCAGAAGGUUUUGAGUCAACUUUACUUAAACAGGCCUUAUGAUAUACCUUAUCCACAAACUCACAAAUGUCCAAUUUUUACUGAGCGUAAUCACUGAAAAUUUGAUUUAAAUUACUACCCUGUUUGAAGAUUUUAAAGAAAUGCACAAUUUGUUCAUUUAAAAAUUAACCUAAAUUCACACUAAGCUACAAAGUUUUAUAUAACAAAAAUAUAAUUAGUCUGAAAUGUAUAUUACUUUCCUCAUGCUUUCAUUUCAAGUGCUGUUUAAUGAAAGUUUGACUCAAAGGCUUUAAAUUUACUUUUGAGUGUCCUGCUGUGAUUAAUGUUUGAAAAGUUCUGUGGGUGUAUCUAAAAUUUUGUUUCAGUUCUAUCUGUAUUUCAUCCUUUAAGAUCUUUUUGACACUUUUUCUUUUAACUUCAUGUCUCACAUCAUAGAAAGUCAUCGUGCUUCUCUUACACAUGUAAAUUAUAACUCAUGUCUUAUUCUGAAGCUGCAGAGCAUUUAUUUUAUAUUUCUCUCAGUAUGCCUGCUUUGUUUUAUCUGUGUUACAUUUUAUCUGUAUGAGAGGGUCUAAUUUUAGAUGGGUAUUGAAUCAAAUGUGCGCCACUGACUUCAUUUGUGAGUUGAAAGAGCCCCCUGCUGGAUGUGUAUUUAUUUUGUCAUUGCUUGUAAUGUGAAUGGAAAACAGUCUUUGGUUGGGUUAUAGGCUUCAUAAAAUCCCUUCCUUCUAUUGGCCUCUGUCCUUUCAUCACACUAAUUUUCAUAUUCAGCUUAAUGGGUUCCCCUUGGAGACAAUAACACCGACCUUGACCAUAUUUAAAUGAGGCAGCAUCAGCAGACUAAUGUGACCCGAACUUUUUAGUGCACUGAUGAGAGACCAACUCUCUGCGUAUAUUGAAUUUAGCUGGAAUUGAUAUUAAUGUGCACUAGUUUGUGACGUCAAUUUAGCUAAACAGUAUGAUAACCAGAAAGAACUAAAAAAAUUGCUCUUGAUGUCACAGCCCACUUCACUAGCAAUUUGGUGCCAGCCAUUUCACAUUGCUCCAAGUUAAAAUCCAUUUAUUCUAAGUGGAAAGUGUCAGAUGAAAGCAAACUGUAAGGACAGAGGUUGAAGCAUCCUUCAAAUGAAAUGCUAUUUUACAUCUAAAGAUAAAACAAUAACAUCACUUUUAUACAUUAGCAUCUUUCAUUACUGCUUUUUGUUUUUCAAGUAAUGUAACCCGAUCCUGUUGCCACAUAUCUAAUCUAAUCUUGUAAAUAAGCUUGUAAUGAGGGCGAAUAUGGAUCAGCCUCUCAGCAUGGUCCUUCGGAUUAAAAAUGUCUGCCUGCUGCUCUCACUGUAACUCACCUCUGCUCCUUCAUAAGCUCAUGUUGUGCUGAGUGACUUUAAUGUGUGUUUUUUAAAAGUCUUGGUUUCGUUGAAUAUCUACCUCAGUCUUGGUUUACCACAUGUCUACAUCAUUAGCUAUUUUGGAAAAAAACAAAAAAAACAAAAAACAAAAUCACAACACUAACUGUUGCCUUUCACUGAAAAAGCAAUUGAAACCUCGUGUGUACAUAAAAACAGAUCUGUUGCAGUUCUGGAUGUUGAGUUUCAGUCAGUGUACUGAUAAAGAGCAGGGACAGUGAUGUUCCUGUUGUGGAGGGUGUGAAUGUGGUUACCAGGUAUCAGAGGUUAUAUUUUACACUUUUCUUUGCAACAUCUUUUAUCUACACUGAUUAAUGACACCUGCCUUACAUGUGUGCAAUAAAUGUUAUUCAGUGCUUUA